AUGGUACUUGUUUUCUCCGCAUCCUCUAUAGUUCUAUCCUCACACAUUAACCAAUUUAAAUUACAUGAUUUGGUCUUCCAAAAAAAUUUUCUAUCAAAUCCAAGCCUUUCCGUUGUUGAUUGCAAAUUUUCGAGGGGUAUAAGAAAGAGUGUAUGUAAUGUUUUUAGAAAUAAAUCACCAAGAAUUCGAAGGUUUACUGCAAGACAUGCCGCAGACCCUAACAGUCAGACAUUUAAUGAUGUAUCUUUUAAUUGGGAUGAUGAAGAGCAAGAAGACACUCAAGACAUGGGAUCUCCGUGGGAAGGUGCCAUUAUUUACAAGAGAAACUCUUCUAUUUCACAUGUCGAGUACUGUACAACUUUGGAACGGCUUGGGUUAGGAAAACUUUCAACUGAGAUUUCAAAAUCAAGGGCUUCGGUAAUGGGAUUACGUGUAACGAAGGUUGUAAAGGAUUACCCAUUUGGAACUCCUGUUCAGAUCUCCAUUGAUGUGACAAAGAAGAAGAAAAGGUUGAGGCUUGAUGGGAUCAUCAAAACUGUCAUCACUCUUGGUUGCUAUAGGUGUGGAGAGCCAGUUGCCGAGGGCAUUUUCUCCAACUUCUCUCUUUUACUAUCUGAAGAACCCAUUGCAGAACCAGAGAUUAUUAAUGUGGGAACAAUAUUUGGUAAUAAUAAAUUCAAAUCUUCAAUUGGCAAGGAAGAAGACGAUGAUGAAGCUUCAAUCGAUUGGGAUGAUCGGUUGCACUUUCCUCCUGACAAUAAGGAAAUUGACAUAUCAAAGCCCAUCAGAGAUAUGGUGCACGUAGAAAUUACUAUUGAUGCUAUAUGCGAUCCAAGGUGCAAAGGUUUAUGCCUCGACUGUGGUACAAACUUGAACAAAAGCAGUUGUAACUGUAGAAAAGAGGAGAAAGGGAGAGGUUCCGGCCCUCUUAAAGAUCUGAAAAAACAAAUGCAGUCAAAAUCUUAG